UAGGGAGCGCGUCGAGACGCUGGUGUGACGUAGUUGCGCAACAGCGUCAUUGAUUAAAAGAGAUCGCACUUCACCCUUAAAUUCAACAUCAUUCUCGUGAUUCGACCCAUUGGGUCGAUCAUUGCGAUGAAGACCUUCCUAUUUUUAUUUGGUUUUGUUAUUGGAAUAAAAUGCUACAUGCCGGAGGGGAAGGACUCUCUGCUGGCCGAUAUAUUCCUGCAGGAGGUAAUGAAUAGGAUGGGCAAGGAUCUAACUGAUAGUAUAUAUUUGGACUUCCCCGAUAAUCGAAUGGCUAUGGGUACGCGGUCAAUAGGCAAGGACGUGGAGGAGGAGCAGUUUUUCCCGGUGGACUACGACGGUUUGGGCGAAAAUAAUUUGCAUCCCAGUUUACGCGAUCAAGAGUUUCUACAACAAAAUAGCCUGUGGGGUAGUCAAUUCGUAUCGGGUGGCGCUGGGGAAGGAAUACAGCGAUUAAAGCCGGAGGGUACAUUUAAGAAUAAACAGGAAAUUAAAACCGAUGCCACUUUACCAGCUUAUUGCACUCCACCAAAUCCGUGUCCUUUGGGAUAUACAGGUGAUUUUUUUUUAGCUGAACAAGGAUGUUUGGAAAGUUUCGAAAAUACGGCGUCGUUUAGCAGACGAUACCAAGCGGCUCAAGAUUGCAUGUGCGACAGCGAACAUAUGUUUGAUUGCCCAAAUCCGGCCGAUUCUGCACCGGAAGACGAAACUAUUGACGCAUUGAACGACCUCGAGUUCAAUCGAUUCCUGCAGCGGACUAUGCAGGUUGAUCCAAGUUUGCAGCACAAAAAUUUAGUCGCGAAGAAAUUUACCGAAAAAAAGAGCUACGGCGGAAACCCUUUCCUCGCUGGUGAACGCCUUCCCGUCGCGGCAAAAAAGGGAACGAAGGUUUACGUCUAAAUUAAGAAAGCUAACAAAAUUAAAAUCAACUCUACGCCUUUAACAACUGUUUUCAUUAUUCGAGCAAGAGCAAUGUGAAUUGGGUGUUUCUGGUGUUGGAGUUGCUGUGGCUUUUCUGGAAACGACACGGCAAUGAAAACGGCUUAAGAUUUCUUGCAUGACCCCACGCCUAGAAAAAUUCCCUCUAGCGCUUUAAGUGGUGCACCCGUGUGCAGGCUGCUUUAAAUUUUAGAUUCACUAGACGCUUUGAAUGUUUGUGGAUGUUCUCAAGUAUCAAGAAGUAGACCCCAUACUAUACCAACAAGAAGGAAGAAUGGAUGAGGACUCAACAUUUCUCUUUUAAACUUUUCUAAUUAAUCAAAGUCCUUGUAAGAUAAAACUAUCUUAAACGUUAAUCACUUUGAGAGACCAAGGAGCGCACAUUGCACUUUUUUGGUUUAACGAUUCGUUGGUCCCCCAAAGUUGUGUAAGCUGGUUACAAAACAUAUCAAACCAGAUUAGACUUGUAAAGACAUGAAUUUAAAAGGUGUUUUCAAGCCGCGUAGUUAGGCCCUAUUGAUUUUUAAGUGUGGUCAAAAGACAACCGAACGUUUGAUGGAAAAGUUACAGUUUGUAUCAAGCGUUCCAACGUCUUCUAACUACACCCGAUAAAAUCAUACCGCGAUUUGGAAAAACCCAGUUGUCAUUUUGACUCGUCAAGUACUAUAAAGCGUACUUCUUAUUUCCAUUUCGGAUACGAUAAAAGGAACCAAGAAAAAUAAAACGGCACAAUCGAAAUUUCGGAAUGAUUACUGAUGAUGGCUAUUGUAACAAUCGUUGUUCUGUUUUAAUGUUAUUUCCCUUCUUUGACGUUAUUGAAGUAAAAUGUUUAUGGUGUUUUAAUAUUUAUAUAGUAGUUGUGUGAGCGCUUGAUGUGGUUAACCAUUUCAAAAAGAACGCCGCUUAUAAUCACUUUAGUCUAAGAUUAUUAUAUUAUAGGAACAGAACAUUAUAAUGUUGUGACAAAUCAUAUGGUUCCGUUCUAUUUUCAAAAUGUCAUUGCUGAAAUAAAAUGUAUUCUCUUAAUGCAAA